CUGCAGCAACCGCGGCGGUCAGGACGCCCCGCGCUCGGUCCGAUGCGGGCGGCCGGGGCAGCGAUCCCGUUGCGGGGCCAGAGGAGUAGGCAGGCGCCCAGAGAUAAGCGUUCAAGUUGGCGGGCGGCGGGAGAAGGGGCUGCGCGCCCAGGCGCAGCUGCUUUGUGCGCGCAGUGAGGGACUCGGUCCCUGGUUCUCCCCAGACCUGGGACCCGGUGUGCGGGAAGGGUUGGGCAAGCCGCGGAGCGGAGCAGUUUCCUCCGAGAAAGUUGAGGAUGGAGCCCUUCUUUCCGCACGUCCGCGCAGUAGGAUGAGUCCCGAGGGUGCCGCCCCGAGGCCCCAGUGUGGAGGAGCCGAGUGGGUCGCUGCGCCCCUGGGCUGAGUUCCUCACCCCUGGCUGAAAUACGCGAAUCACCAGAUCUUCGCUUCCGUGGCGUCUUCUAGGAAAAUCAUUCCGGCCAAAACUGAGAAAACUCGCUGUGUGCCCUCCUCAGUUAUUCUACAAUGAGUGCCAAGUCUGCCAUCAGCAAGGAAAUUUUUGCACCUCUUGAUGAAAGGAUGCUGGGAGCUGUCCAAGUCAAGAGGAGGACAAAGAAAAAGAUUCCUUUCUUGGCAACCGGGGGCCAAGGAGAAUAUUUAACAUAUAUCUGCCUGUCAGUGACAAACAAGAAACCCACACAGGCAUCCAUCACGAAGGUCAAACAGUUUGAAGGCUCCACGUCGUUCGUGCGGAGAUCACAGUGGAUGCUUGAGCAACUUCGCCAGGUUAAUGGCAUCGAUCCUAAUCGGGAUUCUGCAGAGUUUGAUUUGUUGUUUGAAAAUGCAUUUGACCAGUGGGUAGCCAGCACAGCCUCAGAAAAAUGCACCUUCUUCCAGAUCCUCCACCACACCUGCCAGAGGUACCUCACGGACAGGAAGCCGGAGUUUAUUAACUGCCAGUCCAAAAUCAUGGGAGGGAACAGCAUCCUCCAUUCGGCAGCCGAUAGUGUGACCAGUGCCGUACAGAAAGCAAGCCAGGCCUUGAAUGAGCGUGGGGAGCGGUUAGGCCGAGCAGAGGAGAAGACGGAAGACAUGAAGAACAGCGCCCAGCAGUUCGCGGAAACUGCGCACAAGCUUGCCAUGAAGCACAAGUGUUGAGAAACUGCCUGUCACAGCGAUGACCCUCUCGAGAGAAAUGGAAGAGUUUGCUCAGCAGUUUUUAUAAGAAUUCCGGACCUCUGCUUGCUUCUCCCCCCCCACCCCCACUCCCAGUAUACGGACAUUUAGGUUUUUUUGCUUUUCCCGUUUCAGACGUUAAUAUGAAAGAAAAGACGUUGUGUUUAUACAUUUCACUAAUGAUCGUGCUAAGAAAUGCUGCAGUGGCGUCAGCUUCGUUUGGUUUAUUUUUUUCCACUGUAUGUUAGUAUGUAUGUCUCCAUAUGUGUAUUCUCUUCUUUUUAACUUUUUUUUAAGUAGUUUGAAUAUGAAAUUUGGACCACAUGCUAUGCUGAGCUGUGUCUACACUGGCAACAACAUGUUGUUGUCUUUUUUUUUUCUUGAUAUUAAACCAGAGGGGCGCCUGGCUGGCUCAGUCAGCAGAGCCUGCAACUCUUGAUCUUGGAGUCGUCAGUUCAAGCCCCACUUUGGGUGUAGAGAUGACUUAAAAAAAAAAAAAAUGUGAUAUUAAGCUGGAAGACCUUUUCAUAUGGUGACAUCAGGUGUUCUUGUUCCUGGUUGGAAAUCAGAGUCAAGCAGUGACUCUGUCACUUUGUCAUUGCUUCUCUCAAUUUCCAAGCCACUCCUAAUUUGAAGGUUAAGAUUCUGUAUCUUGAAACAUAAGUCUGUAUUAUGGCAAACAAUUGGAUUUAUCAGGGGAAACAGCAGUCUUAGAUUUUUGCUUUUUAUAUAGUAAUCUUUUGCAUGAGCCAUCACCAGCAUUCAAAAAAAAAAAAAAAAA